AUGCUUCUCACUCCGGGUCACUCUCCUCGCCACCUCUCAUCCCCUUCACCGUCUGCAAUUUCCGAUAGUUCCGUCCAAACCCCAAGAAGUUCAGCCCAAAUCACUUCCAGAAACCCUAGAGGCCAUCCCACAGUCCUCGACGAAGACACCUAUGUCGCCGCGAUCGAGAAGAUCAUCGAAAGGGACUUCUUUCCCGAUAUCUCGAAGCUUCGGGACCGCCUUGACUGGCUCGAAGCGAUCAAGACCCGCGACCCGGUUCAGAUCCGCGAUGCCCAGUUGAAGAUCAUUGAGCGCCGCGGCAAGAAGGUAACUCAUAAUCCUGACCCUGAUGGUAGAACCCCUGGUUCGACUUUUAUGCGUAGUUUCACCCCUGCCGAUGAAUUUGAUGGUAAAACCCCGAAAACUCCCGGUGUUUCAAAUAUGGGAUUGUUUGGUGAGGUAGAGUCUAACGGGGCUGAUGAUGGGGUAGAGGCCUCGUUGUCGCUCGACCAGUUUUUUAGGCGGUAUACGAGUGAGGACAAUCAGAGUUUUGCAAAUAUUAUGGAGAAGGUGAAUAGGAAGAGGAAGGAGAGAUAUGAGUAUUUGACAGAAGGAGAAAAGGAGGAUGUUAAAUCGAUUGAGGAUGCCAAGAGGGAUAGGAUUACAGAUGGGUAUGGGACGUCUGAUCAGCCCCCCUUUACAUUGGAAGGGUGCAAGUUUACGGCAAAGAAUUUGCUGAUGUACCAUCCAGCUGAUCGCGGUGAGGCCCCGUUGACAACAGAGGAACGGGCAGUUAGGAUGAAGUGUUUGGAGAAGGAGAUUAGUCGAGCCAAUACUCGAUUGCAUGGCAAGAUGCUGGAUUCUAGGCCAAAGGAGGAUGGUAUGGCUGAGGUUCUUUAUACCACAGUUGCAGGUGCAACCCCGGUUAUUAUGGAUAGGGAUGGGGAUAAGUUUAAGAAGUAUGAUUUGGAUGAUUUGAGGAAGACCCCGAAUCCGUUUUAUGUGGAAUCUGGGAAGAAAGCGGAGAAUGGUUAUAGUUUUGUGCGGACACCAUCACCAGCACCGGGUGUUGAUGAAUCUCCAUUUAUUACAUGGGGUGAAAUUGAAGGGACUCCCCUGAGGUUGGACCUGGAGGACACUCCGAUUGAUAUUGGCGGUGGUGAAGGGCCUCAUUAUAGGAUCCCAUGCCCCCCUGUAAGAGAUGAAAAGGCUCACUCACUGUCAAGGGAAGCUGCACGCAAAUUGAGGGAAAGGUCAAAAAUGUUUCAGAAGCCACCAUUGCCAACGCCCUCUAGAGGUGGCAGUGCUAGUCCGAGUGUGCGGACGCUUUCUCCCGCUGCCCAGAAGUUUGUCAGGAAUGCAAUUGCUAAGUCUUCAUCUUCUGUUGAUGAAACUCUUCGUGCUAGUUACAGAGGUACAAGUCCUGGGUUUUCUACGCCUAAAGGUGGGAGGAGUAUGUCAAGGUUGGGAAGAGAUGCUAGUAUCAUUUCAAGAUCACCAUCUCCAAGGGUGGACUCUAAUCCUCCUUGGUAA